AUGUCGAGAAAGAAAGACAAGAAAGACGACAAGUCAAGAAACGACAAGACGAGAAAACUCAAUCAGUGGAAGCAGGACAGGAUGAAAGGAGCAAUAGAGGAGUACAGGCGGGUGAUUGGGGACGGUGGGGUCCCCAGCCUAAGGCUACUGGCCAGGACAUGGAACGUGCCCAAGUCUACGCUUCAGCGCAGGGUGAAAGGUGACGGUCACUCUGACCACACUAUAGGAAGGAAGCCAGUGCUCAGCGUGGAGGAUGAAGGAGAGCUUGCAGACAUAGUGGCUACCUUAGGGAAGAGAGGAUUCCCUCUGAGGAUGGCCGAUGUGCAACAACUGGCCUAUCAGUUUGCUGCGCAGAAGGGAAUUAAGGGAUUCAGCACUGCACAGGGGAGAGCCGGGUACAAGUGGUUUAGAGGGUUUUUGAGACGAAACCAAAGUCUCAGAAUCAGAGAGCCAGAGGCUCUCUCAGCCAGCGGCGGAGGAGCUGAUUUAAACCCCAGCGUUGUGGAGGCCUGGUUCAAGCAAUACAAGGAGACACUCCUGGCCUCCUAUCCAGAGACCAGGCUGGGCAGGCUGGCCCUCUCCUCGCGCGACUCCGCCCUGGACCUCUGCGACGACGCCGACCUCCUGGAGAACGAGUUCUUCUUCGACCGCAACUCGCAGACCUUCCAGUACGUCAUGAACUUCUACCGGACGGGCCGCCUGCACGUGCGCGAGGAGCUGUGCGUGGUCUCCUUCCUGCAGGAGAUUGAGUACUGGGGCAUCGACGAGCUGCGCAUAGACUCCUGCUGCAGAGACAAAUACUACCGCCGCAAGGAGCUGAAGGAGUCCAUGGACGUGCACCAGGAGCAGGAGCUGGCGGAUGGCGAGGAGGAGGAGGACUUCUCGGGCGCCGUGUGCCAGGACGUCAGGCAGCGGCUCUGGGACCUGAUGGAGAACCCCGCCUCGUCUCCGGCCGCCAGGGCGUUCGGCACGCUGUCCAUGCUGUUCGUGGUGGUGUCCAUCGUCAACAUGGCGCUGAUCUCGCUGGACUUCACGCUGCUGGGCCAGGCGGUGCUGGACGGCCUCGAGUACGUCUGCAUCAUCUGGUUCACCGGGGAGCUGCUGCUGCGCUUCGCAUGCGUCAGGGACAAGUGCAGGUUCAGCCGGAGCGUGGUGAACAUCAUCGACCUGCUGGCUAUCCUGCCCUUCUACGUCACGCUGGCCGUGGAGAACCUGCACGGGGGUUCCACCGAGCUGGAGAACGUCGGCCGCGUGGUGCAGGUGCUCCGACUGAUGAGGUCCCUCCGAAUGCUCAAACUGGGACGACAUUCCACAGGUCUGAAGUCGUUGGGCAUGACCAUUACCGAGUGCUACCAGGAGGUGGGGCUGUUGAUGCUCUUCCUGUCGGUGGGCAUCUCCAUCUUCGCCACGGUGGAGUACGCCAUCGAGCACGACCUGCCCGACACCACCUUCGCCAGCGUGCCCAGCGCCUGGUGGUGGGCCACCACCUCCAUGACGACCGUCGGCUACGGCGACAUCCGGCCCGACACCGCCAUGGGAAAGGUGGUGGCGUUCCUGUGCAUCCUGUCGGGCAUCCUGAUCCUGGCGCUGCCCAUCGCCAUCAUCAACGACCGUUUCUCCGCCUGCUACUUCACGCUCAAGAUGCGCGAGGCGGCGCUGCGACACAGCGAGGCCCUGAGGCGGCUGGCACGCGGGUCCACGUCCGAGGGCAUGGGUGGUGGCGUGGGCGGUGGUGGUGGCACAGUGCCCCCUGUGGGCCUGAACCUGAGGGACGCGUACGCCCGCAGCAUGAUGGAGAUGAUGAGACUGCAGGGCCACGAGAGGGCGAGCACACGCAGCAGCGCAGCCGAGGACCCCUGGUGGUGACGAGUCGUAGUGCGGGGGGCAAGGAGGAGCGCCAAGAGGGUCAGCCUUUGAGGGGCGUUGUGAGUUAGGCAACUUACCAU